AUGGAGUCUAUUCCUUAUGCUAGUGUGGUUGGAAGUGUAAUGUACACUAUGAUCUGUACUAGGCCAGACCUAGCCCAUGCUAUCUCAGUUACUAGCAGAUACAUGGCUGAUCCUGGGAAAGAGCAUUGGAAUGCUCUUAAGUGGAUUCUGAGGUAUAUGAAGAGCACUAGUAGCUGGGGUAUUAUGUUCAAUGGCUGUGAUAAGGAGGGUGGUGAAGUAGUGGUGGGCUACUGUGAUGCUGACUAUGCUACAAAUCUAGAUAACAGAAAGUCCCAAACUGGCUAUUUGUCCACUAUGUUUGGUACAGUGAUCAGUUGGAAGUCAGGAUUACAAAGUGUUGUUUUAUCAACAACAGAGGCAGAAUAUAUGGCAUUAGCUGCAGCAGUGCAAGAAAGCUUCUGGAUUCAGGGUAUUAUAUCAGACUUGAAAACCAUGGUUGUUCAUUGUGACAGUAGCUCAACUAUGUGCUUAGCUAAAUAUCAGUAUUUCCAUGAGAGGAGUAAACACAUAGAUGUGAGACUACAUUUUAUUAGAGAUGAGAUUGAGAAGGGAAGAGUGAAGGUGGUCAAGAUUGACACUUUGCACAAUCCAGCUAACAUGCUCACUAAGUCCCUAGGAAGGGACAAAGUUGAUCAUUGCAAGGAACUGAUCAAAGUUUGCUGCAAGGACUGA